AUGUGGUCGCUCACGCUCGGUGCGGCGCUCGCCAACGUCGGCUGCUCCGUCUCGCUAGCGGUCUUCUCGGCUGGCUUCAACUUCCCCAUGUCGCUCACCUUCCUCCACUUUGCCUUUACCGUCGCGUUCUACCGCCUGCUCGCAGCGUGCGGCGCCUUUGAGCCUCAGUCGCUGCCGCACGCAGAGGCGUUCAAGGUUGCCGGGUUUGGCGUCGGAAGCAUCGGCUUCAUGAACAUCUCGCUCCACCUCAACUCGGUCGGCUUCUACCAGAUCACGAAGCUCGCCAUAGUGCCGUGCACGCUGCUCGCACAGGCGCUCCUGCACGACGUGCACGCCUCGCGCCGUGUGAAGCUCUCGCUCCUCCUCCUCCUCCUCGGCCUCGCCGUCGCCACCGUCUCGGACGUCCAGCUCAAUGCGCCCGGCCUCGUCCUCGGCUUGCUCGCCGUCGCCACCACCACAAUCUUCCAGAUCUGGCAAGGCUCCAAGCAAAAGGAGCUCGAGCUGUCCGCGACGCAGCUGCAGGCGGCCGUGGCGAUUUGGCAGGUGCCGCAGGCGCUCGCGGCGGCGAUUGCGCUGGAGAACCUCUGCGCAGGUUUGCCUCCCGCACUCCGCUCGGAGGAGCCAGGAGAGUGCCGGACGGCGGUCGGGUUCGCCCAGCAAGCCGCGAACGGCGGCGGCGGCGACGGGGGCGGCGGCGCGCGCACACUGGCGCUGGUGGUGCUGACCUGCUUCGUCGCCCUUGGGACGAACGUCUCCUCGUUUUGCCUCAUCGGCCGCACGUCGGCAAUCACCUUCCAGGUGGUCGGGC